AUGGCUGGCGGAUUACGUUCAUCACCCACCCCUCAACAAGAGAUGGCCGACCAAGCCGCCAACACAAGCGCGAAGAGAAAUGCAGAAGAAACUCAGACAUUGCGCUCAAAGCUAGUUGAUCAGCAUAUCAGCAUGCGUAAGCUUUUCGGCUCAAAGGAUCGUUCGUUUUCCGGUGUAGUUAUUGACGAGUUCUCUAGUAAACUAUCCAGAUCCCUUGAAGCCUCGAGCACCGCUUCAGGUUUACCCCCAAGGCAUUACUCCAGAGAUGGAGGCGAGGUGGCUUCAGAUGUUGAAACAGAACAGUGUAUGAGUUUCUGA